AUGUGUUCCUCCCCGCCCCUUUCGGGCGACUUUUUAGCGCAGCGUGACGAUGAAGACGAAGACGAGCAACAAGAGGAAGAAGCCAGCGGCAGCGGAGGGGGCGAGGGGAAGGGUAAAGGGAAGGGGAAGGGGGCGGCGGUGGCGGAGAAGGAGAGACGACCCAAGAAAAAGGCGAAAAGAAGCUACGACGACGACCGCCUCGAAGCGGUUUCAAAAGACGAACUCUCUGCGCUCAAGGGGAACAUCAUCUACCCCCGCGCUCGCCGCAAGGCGGCGAUUGCCUCUCAGCGCCGCACGGCGUCAGAGAUUGGCAAGUUCGUGGGGGGCGCGGCAGACGAGGACGAUGACGACGAUUCAGACGAGGAUGGGGAGCUUGGAGGCAACUUGGGCGGCGCCUCCGCGGCGGUAGCGGACGGCGAGAGCGACGAGGAAGCAGAGCUCGAGUUCUGAACUGGAUGAUGGACAGGAGAGGGCCUUUCGCCCCUGUGCACGUUUCUUUCUACAGCAGUGGUCUCUCGAACAGCAGUCAGUGUAGUUUAUGCAUGGGUUUUACGUCUGUAGGGAUAAUGAAUGGUAUUGGGGCGCUAUAUACAGGGGGAGCAGAAGGUCUCGCAGGGUAGGUAGGGGUCGGUGGAAUCCUGAGCGAAGGGGCCCCUAACAGGAGGGAGGGUUGGGUUGGGAGAGGUGGGGUAGGGGGUUGGUUGCGGCCUCACUUUUGAUGACGCAGUUUUGUUCGAGGCCAAUCUUGGUGUGGCCACUCCGUGCGUACAAAGCUCGGGUACUCGAGACCGAUCGAUGCUGUUGGUUGUGGCGGGGGAACAGUUGCUCAACGACCGACACCUCCGCCCGACCGAAGUUGCCAACCGACCAAUGAGCGGCUUGUACAGAUGUGUUCGAUUGGGGUGGGAGAUAUACAUACGUUACGGCGAUUUUGUUUGCAUUGAAAAAGUCCGAUGCGCUGAUGGAUGUGCUUUGCAGCCAGUGGUAGCCGACGCCGCGUUAUUCCUUCUUACCGAAACCGUGAGGCGGCUAGCUCGCACGGCUUGCUUGGUGCGCAUGAAUCAUCAAUCAUAUUGACUUUUGGGGGGGGGAGCGGGGGGCGGAGGAGUUUAGUCUCUGCAGCAAGGUAUUAUCGCUCAACGCGAAGGUAUUUGUUCUUUGUCGAUUAUCAGCUGUUUUGGCCGGAGGACGGUUGACGCCGGUGUUCACGCACGUGGCAGGCUGCGCAGUCUAUGCAUACUGCAGGCGAGUUGGGGUGUAUCGGUUGGAGAAUGCGUUUAGUGAAUGAAGUCUUCUUGUGUUCCUAUGUCGCCGAAAAAGACAUGCAUUGCUGUCUAGUCUUGGCAACUUCCCACGCCUACCAUGCAAUACCUGCCCCACAGCAGUAUACGUCUUAUCCACUACUACUGCUGUGUUGUGUUGGCUAGAGCAAAAGAAAGGUGUUCAGCGGGUAGACUUAUGGUAGGGUGAUCUCGUUCGGCGACGUGCUACUGCUCAUUGACGGUACUUUUUCUCUACCAUGUUGGCAUUUUUUGCGCCGAUUUACGGUGUUUUCUUCGGUUUCUUCGCGAGCUGUUCUCGCAGACUGAGUGACCAUGUGACUGUCCGGCGGCAUGCCGAAUCGUGAUAUUCCGACACAGCGUCUGUAAAAGACAUGUAGCAGCAAGUGACGGGAGACUUUGAAGGAACUCGUGUGGGAUCCCGUUGGGGUUUGUUCAUUGUAGCACUAUUUGGUUUUCAGUUCAAUGGGCAAGAGUCGAACCCGUUGCUGUCGCGCACGUAUUUGCGGCACAGAGUUCUCUCUGGUGCAGUUCGUUGCCGCGAGGCUACACAGGAGUAUGCCUUUGCUUGACUGUUCACA